UCAAUUAAAUAUUCUUUAGCAGAGAAAAUUAGCCAGUAAACUUUAUUAACUUACAAAGCUUAAAAUGCAUAUGAAAAAUUAGAUCAAGUAAAAUAUUUAGUGCUGAUUGCCUUUUAAACGUAUGCAAAUCUACGAGAUAUAUAAAAUUUCAAAGCAAAAAUUCAUAAAUUAAGAACGCAAUUUGCGAUCUCUCGAACAAAGUUCAAACAGAGUAAUAAAAGUAAAGAGUGGUAAAUGGUAUAAUGACUGACAGUGGUAUAAGCAACUUCCGCAGCCCCAUAAUAAAUGAAGCAAACCUGUUGCCCCCAUCCUGGUUGGGAGGUGGCGUCAACGGCGGAAUGCACUCAUUUUUAAGGACUCCAGCUGGUAAUGUGAGAGCAGUACCUCCGCCCUUACCUUUAGCACCUACUUUACAACAUAACUAUGGCAGCGGUUAUGGAUUUGGACAUAAUAACAAUUGGUGUAAUGGUGCAUUUACAAAUGGAGGUUUUGGAGGCUAUGGAUACGGCAAUAACUUCGGAAGUUAUGGAUUUGGUUAUAACCGUUUUGGUAAUACGAAUCCUUUAGACCCGGAGGCGCGCUUUAUACAAUUAGCUGAAGCUACUUCACGCCCAGCUUUUCAAAGUAUAGAAUCACUAGUAAUGGCUGUAGGCAACAUAGCUUCUAUGUUGGACUCAACAUUUUUUGCCAUAACCAGUUCGUUUAGAGCGAUUCUAGGAGUUGCAGCAAAUUUUGGGCGUCUGCGCGGAGUUUUCUCCCAAUUUUGGCAUACAUUUGCUAUAUUUCGUACUUUAAAUUGGAUAUAUCGAAAGCUUUUAUAUUGGUUGCGCAUUUCUAAUUUGGAAUCUUCGUCGGAGUCAUUUAGAAAAGCUUAUACUGAAGCCAUAAAUGAAACUUCCUCUCAACAAGGCGCUCCAAAACUACCUAGAAAAAGUCAAUCACCCUGGCCUGUCUUAGCAUUCAUUAGUUUUAUUUUUACCGCUCCUUAUUUAAUUAUGAAAAUGCUAGGCACUAUUUCCAAUACGGCACAUGAAGAAGCAUGUCAGCCCACCAAAUGGAUACGACCUGUAGAAACUUCUGCUCUAUACGAUUUUCAAUCAAGAAAUUCUAACGAGCUAACUAUACACGCAGGCCAGCGCAUGACUAUAGCACCUAAAGAGAUACAAAACACCCUGGGUCUUUUAAACACAGGUUGGGCUUUAGCAACCACAGAUGGUCAAAAUGUAGGUAUAAUUCCUAUUAAUUAUGUAAAAAGUCCGCAACAACAGAAGCAAGAACAAGAACAGCAAUUUUUAAAACCUAUAGCAACAGAUGCAAAUUUGUUGUUAACGGAAACUAGUGACCCAUCAAUAAGCUGCAAGCCAGAAACGAAUCUUAAUAACGGCUCGCAAUCUGUGGAUGCAUCAGUUUUACCAAAUUCCGUCAAGGAAAAUAUUUAAAGAAACUAUUGGGUAGGAAUCACGUGAAAAUGGUAUUAAUAAAUUUGUUUAUACCUAUCACCUAAAUGCGAAAAAAAUCAAAAAGUUUGCAACACCCAGAU